AUGUUCAUCUUCAACUCUCCUACAACUGUGGUGGUAAUUUUACUCUAUGUUGAUGACAUAGUUCUUACAGGCAACAAUUCUUCUUUCAUUGCUUCAUUAAUCUCCAAACUAAGUGAAAUCUUUGCAAUGAAGGACUUGGGUGAGCUCCAUUAUUUUCUGGGUAUUGAAGCAAAUCUGACUACUUCACCUGAUUCAGCUAUUCUUACUCAGACAAGAUACACAUUGGAUAUUCUUACUAAAACUAAUAUGCUAGAUAGUAAGCCUUGCAGCACACCAGUAACUACAGAUAAAAGAGCUUCGGCAUUGGAUGGUGUCUUUCUCUCAGAUCCUCUCCAAUAUCGCAGCUUGGUUGGCGCGCUUCAAUAUUUCACUCUCACUAGACCUGACAUCACUUAUGCUGUCAAUUAUGUCUCACAAUUCAUGCAGGCUCCUCGUGACACUCAUAUGCUUCUUGUUAAACAUAUCUUACGCUAUCUCAAGGGCACCAUUGGGGAAGGCAUUAUUCUGUUUGCUGGUGAUGUUUCCUAUAUUCAUGGGUACUCAGAAUCAGAUUGGGCAGACUGCCCCGAUACACGUAGAUCAACAUCAGGUUAUUGUAUCUUCUUAGGCUCUUCCCUUAUCAGCUGGGCCUCCAAGAAGCAACCCACUGUUGCGAAGUCAUCAAUCGAAGCAGAAUACAAGGCUAUCAGUCUGCUAUCUAGUAAAGUGAUGUGGCUCUCCCAACUUCUCAAUGAACUAGGAAUUGCUCCUAUAAAGCCGUUUUAUCUCUACUGCGACAAUCUUGGUGCCAGAUACUUGGUCAACAAUCUGUUUUCACGCCAGAACUAA